CGGUGUAACGUCAUGUGAAUGCUCUUCUAGUAAAAGUCUCCUGUGCGGUGUUGUGGAAGACGUAAUCUACUUGUUUUUUUGCCUUUCGAUUUCUUCCAAUAUUAACGUGCGUUUUGUUUGUUUCGUUUGAGUGGAAUGUUUAAAGUUCUAACCGGAUUCAAGUAAACGUCAAUAUGUACAAAAAGAAUAACAUUGAGCUCUCAAUAUCUGACAUGUCACAGGAUGCGUUUAAAGUUAGUCUUCCUCACCAGUCACAAACCACUGUGACUAACCUGAGCGAAUGCUCCAAUUCCGAAGGAUUUCGUAGCUUAAACAAAAUAACGAAUUUACCUUACUUGGGCACGAGCCAGCAGAAUGAAAAUGCGUGUUCCUCUCGCUUCAAAACAUCUCAACGUGGGACACCAAACUCUCUAAUUGUUAGUGGUCUGCUUGGAGCUAACGAUCCGAUCUACGGCUACAAGCGUGAAAUUAGUCACAGAAUCUUCGUCAACCGAUCGAUGCAUUUGGAGAACAUUAAGUUCUAUGGCUUCGACAUGGAUUAUACAAUCGCCGAAUACAUAUCGCCACAAUACGAGCAACUUGGUUUCGAUCUCGUCAAGGAAAGGCUGGUUAGCCUCGGUUAUCCAUCCGAGAUACGUCAGUUUGCCUACGAUCCUUCAUUUCCGGUGCGCGGCCUCUGGUUCGAUUCACUUUAUGGCAACUUACUGAAAGUGGACGCAUACGGUAACAUACUUGUGUGCGUACAUGGUUUCGAGUUUCUCAAACAUCACCAGGUGUACGAGUUGUACCCGAAUAAAUUCUUACAACUUGACGAGAGUCGAGUUUACGUAUUGAACACAUUAUUCAACUUGCCAGAAACAUACUUGUUCGCCUGCUUAGUAGACUUUUUCACGCACUCACCCCAGUACGCUGAGCAAAUCGACCGGACUGGCGUUCAGUACGGCGAACUGUUCAUGUCGUUCAAAUCAAUUUUCCAAGAUGUACGCGGUGCCGUCGACUGGAUCCACAUCUAUGGAGAUCUUAAGAAGAAAACACUUGAGAAUUUGAACGAUUACGUCAAAAAGGACAAACGGUUACCAAUGGUGCUGUCCCGCAUCCGUGAAUCUGGAGCCAAAGUGUUUCUGCUCACCAAUAGCGACUACAACUUUACCGAUCGCAUCAUGACUUUUCUAUUUGAUUUUUCUCAUGGUGCGAAACCGGAGGACCAUCGUGACUGGAAGACUUACUUCGAUACAAUCGUGGUUGACGCCAGGAAGCCUCUAUUUUUUGGCGAGGGAACGAUCCUGCGACAGGUCGACACCACUACCGGAGCGCUCAAGGUGGGCACCCAUAUGGGUCCACUACUUGCAAAUCAGGUGUAUUCUGGCGGUUCGUGCGACGUGUUCACCAAACUAAUUGGAGCUAAAGGCAAGGACGUACUCUACAUUGGUGAUCACAUCUUCGGCGAUAUACUCAAAAGCAAGAAAAUCCGAGGGUGGCGUACCUUUUUAAUCGUGCCAGAGCUAGUACAGGAGUUGCACGUAUGGACGGACAAGUGUCAACUAUUUGCUGAGUUGCAGCAACUAGACGUGCAACUCGGCGAUCUGUAUAAGAAUCUUGACUCUAGCGCCAAGGAAAAGCCAGAUAUUCGCUCGGUGCGCUCCGCCAUACGUGACGUCACGCACAAAAUGGACCUGGCAUACGGGAUGAUGGGUUCGCUGUUCCGUUCUGGCUCGCGCCAAACGUUUUUCUCUAGCCAGGUCGUGCGGUAUGCGGACCUAUACGCGGCCACCAUACUCAACCUCAUGUACUAUCCUUUCUCGUAUAUGUUCCGCGCACCUGCCAUGCUCCUGCCACACGAAUCAACCGUCGCGCAUGAGCAAAGCUCCGCACUCGACCCACCCAUUAUCCAGCGUUCGCGUAAGAUUGAUGAGGGAGAUAGUGUGGAAGAGGUGAAGGAACUUCUUUCGCUACUGCCGGCUGCCGAAAGCUAUCAUGACGAGGACAAUUCAACGGACCCCAGCACGAUGCAACAACACAACAGCGAAGUAUUGGUGAAAAUGUUUGUACCAAACACACGUCCCGCGACACCGCGCUCUGUUACUCACACGCACGACGAAGACUACUCCGACGAGGACAGUGACGAUCAGAUAAAAACCACGGAGAUAACCACCAGACGGGGUGUGAAAUUUCAACGCGUAUGACUAAAUGACAGUUCACAGUAAAGGGUAGGCCAUAUACACAAGAUACACUUUUUAUUUUAUUUUUUAUUAUAUAAAACGGCUUAAAUUGUUUGAUGCUUGAGCUUUUAUUUGAAACGUUCACUUAAGACAUUUUUACGAAAAAUGAUUUUUGUCAAAAGCCCACCAAGGCUGGCAUGCCUGUAGCUCAUUUGAUCGACCUAUUUUGGGUACAUGUUAAUAUAAAUUUUGGUUUUGAAAUUGUCAAUUGUCGCUAGUAUGAUCACGUAAAAUUUGUCUUUCACCGCUCCCCAAAGACAAUAGUCCUUCUUCUUCUUGGGGAACAAUCGCUGAGCGGUCUUAUCCUGCACCAGAGACAAUGUUAAUCUCUGAUGCUCUCUUUAACGGUUUGUUUUUACGAGCGGGGUUGUAGGUCACGCGCCAACCCUCUCUGUCCCUAUCGAAGAUAAUAGUCCAAUGGUGUCAAAUCACAACUUCUUGGCGGCCAAUUCACAACAACUUUUUUUUUUAUUAUUCGCUGUCCGAAGAUCGAUCGAGCAGCGCAAACAAUCGAUCGUGGUUAUCGCUUUAUGGAAGGUUGCGGCAUCCCGUUGAAACCAAAUGUCAUCCAAGUUCACAGCUUCAAUUUCGCCAAAGAACCAAUUAGCCAACAUUGCUCGGUAGCGUACGCCAUCGGCGGUUAGGGCGGCGCCUUUUUCAUCAUUCAUACGGCUGAUGCCGCCAAACCAACCAAUUCACACCAAACGGUCACUCAUUUUGGGUUCAUUAGCUUCUUUUACACAGAGUGUGGGUUUUCUCAUCCCCAAAACGACAAUUCUUCUUAUUAACAUAUCCACCGAGGUAGAAAUGAGCUUUUCAAAUAUCGUACCGUUUGAGUUGAAGACCUACAACUUUGGAAAUAAGUUAUUCACAUUUCCCAAUUUUCUGCAACCAAAAUUGUGUUUUGUACAUAAAUGUCAUGAAUCAACCUUUCAAUGAAAAGUUCAAGCAUGGAAAAAUAUUGAGCCGUUUUUUACAAUCGAAUAAAAAAGUGUAUCUUAUAUGGCUCACCCUGUAGUAUGAGUAUGUACCGAGCACGUAUCAAAAAAUGGAAAAAUGUAUGCGUGUUGAGAUCUGCUCUAACGCGUUAUGAUGAGCAAGCUAAUUCGAACAUGUCCUUAAUGAACAUAUUUUGACCUGUCGUUAUAUUUUUUUUGUUUCUACUCCAUUCAUUAUUUAAAAAAACAUAAUCAAACCAUAACUUCAAAAAUUAUUACCAAGCAACACUUAUUUUUUCAUACAAGCAUGCGAAAGCAACAAAAAGUACAGGAAAAAGUAGAAAAAGGAAAGGUGAAUACUGAUUUACGUUCCAGUUGCAGCAUAAUGGCUUACAGCCGCUGUUAUAGUUGGAUUUCUUGGAUAAUGUAAAGCUAUCAGACCUAAAUAGCUGAAAAAAUAAAAAGUAGGGAAAAUUAAAAGAAAAAUGAACGAGGUUUGAAUAAUAUGGGAACUACAGGGUGGCAACGAGAAAAGGAUACACUCAUUCAAGUGCCCAUCGUUUUAAUUUUCACAGUUAUAGGUCCGAUCUAUGUUUACUAUUUGAAGAAGUGCUGUAGCGACGCAGGCAAUGAACCUACGACCGCUCCCCUUAGCCCUCGCGCAGCGAGGGGAGAAGUUCCCGAACAAAAAAGUCACUCAUAUUUUCCAUACUGAGACAAAAUAUAGUUACAGCCUUGCAUCUAUCAAGCCAUCUCACCGUUCGCUACGAAACGGUGACACCCAACCUGACAAAGUCGGCGUUUGCGACGCCGACCUCACGAUCACAGGGUAGUGUUAGAUAAAUGUAGGAAUAGGUUUAGAAUAGGUAGUGUUAGUGUUAGAUUAGAAAUUAAGUAGGAAUAGGAAAUGUGUAUAAUAAAACGGGCACUUUCGAUUUGAUAUC